AAAGAUAUAUGAAAGCAAAAUUCACUCUGACAGCGUACCUGACAUGCUGGCUGUUGCUGAAACUCUGCAAGAAAGCCUAUGAGAAAAGACUCUCUGCUUCUAAAAAGGAGUACCAAGGAAGUGCUGUAAGAAGGAUUGCUGGAGAAUCGGAAGAAAGUACUUCUGAGAAGAGGCAGCUCCACAUCCAGACCCCAGAGCCAGUUGAAAACUACAUCAGUGAAGGAGAGUUUGAAGAUGAUCUCAGUUCUUCUACCCCGAGCACAAUAGAGCUGGAGAUACGUGGAUCCAGCCAAGAAACAGAUGAAGAUUAUUUUGAGACCCUGUCACAUCAGAGUGGAUCUUUGUCAGAUGUAAAAACUGAGCCUUAUGAGAGUGCAUCAGACACAGAAUCUGUUUCCAGUGAUGUAACUGGGGAAACUUGCUUGGAUUCAAACUGCCUUUUUACUGAAAAAAAAAAUCUGUGCCGUAGUCUUCCUAAAGCAAAGGCAGAAACAACCCUCUGUGAACUGAAGUGCUCAAGGCAACUAGAAUUUACCCAGCAGGUGCGGUUAGAAGUGUCACCCAAAAUAAAAGCAGCACCAAGCAAAACUGAAUUUUGUGUACCAACUGCAAAGUCAGAAGGUGAAGAAUUGGGUGAUGAAGAGCUAACAUUAGCUAGUGAUAUUUCCAACAGAGAGAACCAAGUCAGUGAAGAGGGCAUUAUAUCACAGACAAAUAGAAAGUCUGUAGCAGCAUUGCAAAAUAAAGCAGAGUUUGAAAGCAAUAAAGUGCAGUCCUGUACCAACUCAGUACCUACAGAAGAUGAUGUUACAAGACAGAAGGAACAUCCUGCAGUAUUAAGCAUUGCUUGUUUCAAAGCAAACUCAGAAAGUUGUUUGAUUUUUCCUGAGGUACAGCAAUUUUCCUUCCGGUCAGAUGCAGCGUCAAGCUGUAGUUUGCCUAAUCUCCAUUUUAAAACAAAUGGACCUAGCUGUAAAAGUUACACUGAGACAUCUGACUAUAAGUGUGAAUUAGCUUCUAUGUCCAGUAUAAAAUGCAGCAGGAGGAACUCACUUGACAGUGGUGACACUACAGGUAAAAGGAUAAAACAUGGAAGUACAGAGACCAUGUUGACAUCAGAUUCAUUCUUUUACCAGAGUUACUUCAACCCAAAAUCUCAACCACCACUCACAAGGUCAGAGAUUACAGAGAGUAAAACAUGGCACAGUGUACCUGAAAAUAUCAGUGCUCAAAGCAAGACAGAAUAUGUGGGGAACUGUGUUCACCUGACAGACAAAUUUAGAUGGUCAUGUUCCAGAAUACAUCAAGGGCUGGAUUUUGAAUACACUUGGAAAAACUUAGGAAGGCUACCUGUAAGCCCUGAAAAGGCAAUAAAAAUAGAAGAUGAGUUUGGCAUACAAAGAUCUCUUCUUAACACUGACAUAGACUCAAAUAAGUGUCAGCUUUCUCAACCAGCAGGCUCUCCCCAGUGCAUUGAUUAUUAUUUGCACUCUAAAUUGGAGACGUGUGGCCUUAGCCCAGAAGCAGUAGGUACAUGUGCUGAUAUCUUCUCUUCUACACAGAUUGAUGCUUGUGAGUGUGUUCCAAAACAAAAGGAGACUUCAUUUGCCCUGGACUGUGAGCCAGUGAUCAUAAAUGCUGAAGAACAUAUAAAAAGUGACCAGUACAAGGCUCAAAGAGAUCUGGAAGCAAACAGAUUCCCUUGUGAUAUUGAUGUUGAAUCUGGCCUUGGUGACACUGAGAACCUAGCAGCUUGUCAUGUAGGUUUUCCUGCUGUUGAAAGCAGAGAUCGUGAUUGUUCUGUAAACUGUGUUUCUACCCACGGUAGAAUACAGCAGAAAAGUUUGAAGGAGAAUGGCCUUGAAUCUGUACACUCCGAUAUGGAGAUUGUGGUACGGGAAAGAUGGGUAGAUGAUUCUUCUAGCCUUGACUUUGGUUGGAAAGUCCUGGAAACCAGAUUGCAACCAGGUAGCAGUAACAAUGGGGAAGAGCACAAAGAGUCAAUGCAGCAAAAUACAAGUUGCAAAAAUGGUGCCUUAAGGAGUCACUCUGAGCUAGUAACAUGUGAACAUCCUACUCAUAAAGGAAAGGAUGAAGAGAGUGUCUUUGCUUUUGAAAUGACCCCCAGAUCAGAUUAUAUAGGCCAGAGAAAGCAUUUAAUGACUCUUCCAGAGUUAAAGCCUGCCCUAAUUAUAGUAUCUGUAGAGCAGAAAGGAUUACAGUCCAUGACACUGAAUGGUAAUCUUCCUACUAAAGUGGUAACUGGAACAUUGAGAAGUGUAGUGAGCAAGGAUCUGAUGUCUCCUCAUGCUGUCAGCAAAGUUCAUGAUGAGCCAGAGAGAGUUCUGAGUGAAAGCUGUAGCUGUGAAGAACAAAUUCUGGCCACCCACCUCAUUUGUGGUAGUGCAGAGGUACUCCCUGAUGGGGAUACAGCUGAAGAAAAAGCAGAAGUUUCAGAAGAGAAAAGAGAGGAAACAGAUGCAGUUUCAUCCUUAGGGUUCACCUGUAGUAAUUCCACAGUAAAAAGUGCAAAAGUGGAAUUUGGGAGUGUUACUGUACCACUGGGCGAUGAUAUACUUAUUGCAGAAAGUCAGGCAGAUCAACGUGAAGAAGUGCUCUUAAAAUUGCAUAGCAGAAGUGGUGUUAUGAUCCCUGAGCAAAAGCCUUGCAGAACAAAGACUGAUAUUGAAUUAGAGACAGAACAGUUCAGAAAGUCACAGGCUGAAAAAAGAGGUGACCAGGUGUCUAAGGAAGAGGAAUUCAAAGCACAUCAAGGCAGAGAGGAAGGCUUAUAUAUAACUAGUGCAGUAACACUGGAAACAUGCAACGUAAGCAAUUUGUGUCAGGGAGUCGGUGCUGAUGUUGACCUUCAGGGGCCCAUCAUCAUCUCUGAACAAGCAGUAGGCAGGCAAGGAAAUGAAUGCUCUAAUGGUUCAAAGGAACAAAUAGGUAUUUGUGAAGAAACUUCUCCUAGCGAAGGAAAGGAAAGUUCUCCUGCAGAAGACACAGCUAGCCCUAGCAAAGACAGUACACCGAAUCUAGAUGUUUCUGAUGUCUUUAACUAUUCUGUGAAAAGGGAGACCCAUAACACUUGCAUGCUGGGCCUAGAUAAUAUAAGUACCUGCAGCACUAACAGCGAGGAAAUGGAUGAGAACUCAUUCCAUGUCCUGGGAAGUAAUAGCAGCCUCUAUAAAGCUGUGCAAAAGCCAGCAAAGAAUGGGAAUAGUGGGAAAGCUUCCAGGUUUUUAGUAUUCUCAAAAAUGACAUCUUUCAGGAAAACUAAACCUGUCACAGCAGAAAAUCAGGCAAGUAGCAGCUUUUUUGGCAGCAAGGCAAAGAUGGAAGAACUGGAUGCUGGGAAAGAGGAUGAAGACACUGAAAGUUUACAGUCUUUCAAAAGUUGUUCGUCUGGUUCAGCCUUCCACAGGAAGGAAAGCUACGCCUCUGAGUACUCUGAUGAUGAUGAUUUAUUCUAUGAGAGACCUGCAGGAUUAUUCAACAGAAUGAGCCUGAGGAAGGCUUCUGGCUCUGGUCGGAUACUGAUGGAAGACGUAGAUACAAAUUCAACUUCUCCCACACUGGCGGCUGUCAAAUAUGCAGAUCAACAAGUUUUAGGUUCAUCUGAAAACAAUGACAGUGAACCCGUGGAAUACUCUGGGAUUAGAAAAUCAUUGCCUGAAAAUGAAUACAAAAGAAACAAAAACCCCGAGGGUAAGAAGUUCAAGACAAGGUUGGCCUUAGCACACAAAUCCCUCUCAAGCCUAUUUGAAUCCAAAUCUCCAGAAAAGGAAAAUACUGAGCAAAGCUCAAGAGUAUCACUGAAAAAUGAAAAGGAGAAAGCCAAACUUCGCCAGAGCACCUGGAAAGCUUUUCUAAAAAGCAAGGAGGCAGAUGGACUAAAAAGGCCUGUCUUAGCAAGUUUAUCACCAACACAGGAGAGUCUUAAUGCAACUAGAAGCCAUGUAAUGCGAACAUCCAUAGAGCGACAGGAUAGUUCCAACGGACAGACAUUUUUCAAAACAGAAACAACUAAUGGCUCCUCAACAGACACCAACUUUUUUGACACCUCUGUGGAGCCUGUUGAUGUCUCUUCACCUGCAGGUAUGUGGAGAAAGCGAAUACAGUCCCAUGACCUGGGCAUCAGGUACUCACAGAGUUCAGACUGUGAUGAACAACAGGAGGCUCUGAGCAACAGUUUAAAUACUUCUCUAGAGGAAUACUGGAUGAAAUCUCCAUUUAGCCCCACUGACUUGCAGUUGCCAUUUAGUCAGUCAAGUCCAUCAUGCCCCCAGCUGUCAAAUUCUGAUGGCAAAGACAUGCCUUGUAGGCCCAUGAGUCCGAAACCACAGAGUCCUCGAUCCACUUCUCAACACAAGAGCUUCCGUUAUCCUGGAAGAAUAUGUGCCACUUCAAUGAUCUCUCUUGGGAACAGCUCUGCAGUCGAAAGCAAUUUGGAGGCUCCUGAGAGACCAAAGACACUGAAACCCAGAGGUAGUCUCUUACUUUCUGUACAUUCGUUGGACAAUGAAUACCAGAGGGAUGACAGUGGCAUAAGCAGUCAAUCCCAGAUCAGCUUAAACACAGCUUCUUCCAUUAGUGACAUGCUCCGAGAUGAGUGCUGUGCGAAACUGCAGUGGAUCAGCUUGCCCCUGACGCCUCUGGCUACCACACUGGAGUCUAAACAGCAAUAUCAAAUGCCACCUGAAAAGAGGCCAAAUGAGAAAUGGGUUCCCCAUCGCAAAAGAAGGCCCCCCCAGGUUCCACCAUCCCCACGCCCUAUCUCCACCCUUGAGAGCAAAGCCUGGAGGCUUUCCUUCCUUGCUCCAGAUGAAAAAGACAAGCAGAUUCCAGAGAGGAGGAGGAAGAGACCUAAACCCCUCUAUAAGUGCUUCAGCUUCGAUGAUGUUUGGAUGGAGAGGAACCAAAAAAGGAAGCUAGAGAAGGAGACACAGCCAGAGAGAGGGAUUCAAUUGCGACACCUCCCAGAGGACCACUUAAAAGCUGGAAUUAGUCCAUCCAUCACAUCUGCUGUUGCCUUUGAUAUCCUACCGUUGAAACUACAUCCAUUUUCCCAGAGCACUCCGACAGGCUUAGACUGUGUGGGCUGGAAACGGCGCAUCUCCUCUCCUGUGAUCACUGAUGGGGCGUUGGAUAAGACAGCUCUAACAGAUGAUGUGGGAAGUGAGGAGGACCUGUAUGAGGACUUCCGGAGCUCCAACCACCGCUACGGCCACCCUGGGGGAGGUGGAGAACAGCUUGCCAUCAAUGAGCUCAUCAGUGAUGGCAGUGUGGUGUAUGCAGAAGCCCUCUGGGACCAUGUCACGAUGGAUGACCAAGAGCUGGGAUUCAAGGCUGGCGAUGUCAUUGAAGUAAUGGACGCCACCAACAAAGAGUGGUGGUGGGGGAGGAUUCUGGACAGUGAAGGCUGGUUUCCAGCCAGCUUUGUACGGCUCCGAGUAAACCAGGAUGAACCCAUGGAAGAUUAUCCCCUGAAGGUAGAGGGUGGCAAAGAGGACGACUCCAGCAGUGGCACCCGCCGCUUUGGGAUGGGGCAGACCACCAAAGAUCAAAUGAGAACCAACGUCAUCAAUGAGAUCAUAAGCACGGAGAGAGACUACAUCAAGCAUUUGAAGGAUAUUUGUGAGGGUUACAUUAAGCAGUGCCGCAAAAGAGCUGACAUGUUUACAGAAGAGCAGCUGAAGACAAUCUUUGGGAAUAUUGAGGACAUCUACAGGUGCCAGAAGAAAUUUGUUAAAGCACUAGAGAAGAAAUUCAACAAAGACCACCCACAUUUGAGUGAGGUUGGCUCAUGCUUCUUGGAAUAUCAAACGGAGUUUCAGAUAUACUCUGAAUACUGCAACAACCACCCCAAUGCCUGCAUGGAGCUGUCCCGCCUCACCAAAGUUAACAAAUACGUUUACUUCUUCGAAGCCUGCCGCCUGCUGCAGAAGAUGAUAGACAUCUCUCUGGAUGGGUUUCUGCUGACUCCCGUGCAGAAAAUCUGCAAAUAUCCGCUGCAACUGGCUGAACUGCUCAAAUACACCAACCCCCAACACAGGGAUUUUAAAGAUGUCGAAGCGGCCUUAAAUGCCAUGAAGAACGUUGCUCGGCUCAUCAAUGAGAGAAAGCGGCGGCUGGAGAACAUUGACAAAAUUGCUCAGUGGCAGAGUUCGAUAGAAGACUGGGAGGGUGAAGACGUCCUAGUCAGAAGCUCAGAACUCAUCUAUUCUGGGGAAUUAGCCAAAAUCUCCCACCCUCAAGCCAAGAGCCAACAGAGGAUGUUCUUCCUCUUCGAUCACCAGCUUAUCUGCUGCAAGAAGGACCUUCUGCGUCGGGACAUCUUGUAUUAUAAGAGUCGGAUCAACAUGGAUGAUAUGGAAAUACUGGAUGUAGACGAUGGGAAGGACAAGGACUUCAAUAUCAGCGUGAAAAAUGCAUUUAAACUGUACUGCCGAGACACUGAGGAAGUCCACUUAUUUUGUGCAAAAAAGCCUGAGCAGAAACAGCGCUGGCUGAAGGCAUUUGAGAAUGAAAGGAGACAGGUUCAGCUUGACCAGGAGACAGGUUUUUCAAUCACAGAGGUGCAGAAAAAGCAGGCGAUGCUGAAUGCCAGCAAGCAGCACCAUACUGGGAAGCCUAAGGCUGUCACCAGGCCAUACUAUGAUUUUCUGAUGCGUCAGAAGCAUCCCACCCUGCCUACUACGCUCCCUCAGCAGCAAGUCUUCAUGCUGGCAGAGCCCAAGCGCAAGCCCUCGAACUUCUGGCAGAACAUCAGCAGGCUGACGCCUUUCCGGAAAUAAGGGCAGCCCCAUGUUUGUGCCUGAACCCCUUCUGAGAAAGCACUUUAUCUGUCAGUCCUGGGAGGUGGAGCCCAGGUUCUUCCAAUCCUUUGUUUACAGAGGAUGGCACAUGUGCUCCUGCCUUCCCUAUUUAUUUCACAGACUGACUGACCACAUUGGCUCUGAGGUGAGACACUGUGUGUGCUUGUAUGCACAUGUGCAUUUGUGCCAGUCCCAUGGAGCCAGCCUUGCACAGCACCCCGGAGGCAAACUUCCAGAAAGAGAUCACAAGAGGGAGCCUGACGUGUUUCAUCUGAAAAGAUUUUGCAUGUCAGCUGUACUUUGACGCUCUCCUUCCCGCUGUGACCACUACUGCUAUCUGGCAGCUGUCAGGGGAUAGCAGCUGAUCCACCUGCCAGCUCCGUGUCCGCUGACAUGCUCAGAACAGUGCAGUCACUGACAUGAUACGUUUUCCAGGGAGAGUUUCCAUAACCCCUUCUGCUCUCUGCCCGCCCCACGCCCCACGUUGCUCAAAGACAUGAUCCUCCUACACCUGUCUAACUAAUUCAGUUAGCCUUUGCAGGCACUCAGACAACAGUGAGUAUUGCACUGUGACUUUUUCUUUCCUUUAGUUCAACACCACUGAGGAACUAUAUAGUACAUUAAACUGUGCCAAUCAACCUGCAGCAUGAGUAAAGUUCAAAAAAAAAAAAAAAAGCUCUCUAGUGGGUUUGAGUUACUUAAGUUAGUGAAAAAUGUGCCUAAUUAAUACCAUACUCAACUCCUUAGAUUCCUGUCUCUCCGUCAUUCUGCCAUAUUUCCUGGCCAAUGAAAAUGCUCAUUGUUUGUAAUGUGUUUAUUUAUGGUAAAAAUCAGAACUGUGUAUUUUGUAA